GUAAAAAUAAACGGAAAGAGUCCGUUUCGAGGAAUAAAUAAGUAAAGAGAGUACUUAUUAAGAAGCGCAAGAGGUGCAGUAUUUUUACGGCGGAUUACUAUCAAGUGGCAUGCCCCAUUGACUCAUUCCAUCAUAUCAGCGGUACAUGAUAUAUUUGGCAAAUUUAACGCACAAGUAAAUUUUACUGAGAUAAAAAAUAAUAAUAAUAAUAAUAAUUAAAAAAAGAAAUUAUUAUUUAAAAAAAAAGAAGGGAAGAGAAAACUGUAAGUCCUGCCAAAUUGCUGUAUGUGGACUCGCCCUCACAGAAAAAGGUAGUUUUAGUCUCAGACAGUACAACUGAAACUUAAUUUGGAGACAAAGUACAGAGAGAGACCACUAAAACAAAAAGUGAAGUGCAGUUUUUGGCUGACUGGAAGGCAUUUGCUGAAUGGCAGAGCGAGGCACAUGAAAGAGAGAAAAAAUGUCAGGCAGGGCCCUCAACUGUUUCUCAGUGUGCUAAAUUGCAGAAAGCCGAUCCCGACCUGGACUACGCCCCACCACGAUGCCUACAGCCAGUUAGGAGGGAGGAACCUGCAGUUUCAGAGGCACCUCCUCACGAUGAAGCGGCCCAGCCUAUUCCACUCCAUCCGAACCUGUCAGAACUGAGCCACCAACCCCCACCGAACUAUGCACCAGCCGUCCUAGCUUCACCAUUGGCGUUACACACGAGAUCCCAAGUGAAGGGACCAACAACAUUGCUGCCUGAGGUCUUCAGAACAACAAAAUUGGACAGAGAAGGGACAGUGCACGGUGUGGUAAAUGCCACAAUGUUAGAAGUGGCCGGAGAAGGAGGCCCUAUGCUAAUUCACAGACCCUGGACAAUGGAAGACAUCAGGAGCAGCAUGAUGCAUCUGCCGGCUCUCCGCGAAGUAGGAGGACAAAAGUUUAUGGAUGAACUUCAGAUAUUCUGCAGAGAAUUCAGACCCACCACUCAUGAACUACGACGACUGCUCAUGGCAAAACUUGGCAUGGACUGGGUCAAGGUUUCACGUGAACUCCCAGAGAACGAUGUCCGCCUGAUCAACCCACAGUGGGAUGAUGGAGUCAACACAAGGUACAGAGCACAAAUCACGGCGCUCCAGCAGAGGCUGACGAACACCUUUCCUGUGCGAAUGGACAUGACAAAAAUAGCGAUGUGUAAACAACAAGACUCAGAGACUGUAUUACAGUACCUGUCCCGGCUCACUGAGCUCCAUGAUGCAAACUCAGGCUUGGUGAAACCCGACGCUCUGGAAGAUGGGCAGGCAGCCGUCACAGCAUGGGAGGCACAUCUCAGAAACAGCUUUAUGAACGGCAUGAAACCAGAAAAUGCAGCUAUAGUCAAACAACAAUGUAUCACCUGGGACACCGGAAACCUCACACAAGUGGAGAGGUAUGCAAUCCCUGCGGAGAAGCUCCUACGAGAGGCAAAGGAAAGAAAGAUGGAGAGGAGAGGAAAACCAAAAGCACGCAGACGAGGAAGACCUGGCCAUCAGGGCUAUGGACCAAGAUUAAACUGUUAAAACUGCGAAAAAGUUGGACAUUUGCAAGAGACUGUCCAGAGCAGAAGUGAACUGAUGGGCAGAGCUAAGGGAAGGGUGAGGCACCUGGGAACAGAAGAGGUGACAUCAGACACCCAAACUAUCAGUUAGCUCACAAAAAAACAGGAAUAUAUGCACACACCCACAUCCAACAUUAGCCAGACUGACAAUUCACAAAUGUCUGAACCAGUCAUGACCCUUAACCUUUUAAAGUAUAAUGCCUCUCCUUUUACACAGUUACCAUGUAUGUCUCUUGUAGUUAAUGUGCAAAGUGUCACAUUUUUGGUAGAAUGAGGAGCAACGUAUUCAGUAAUAAAACACUGCGAAUUAAAAGAAUCCCCGAAAACGAGUUCACGGUCACUGCACUCCUUGGGUGUGACAGGGCAUUCAGUAUUAGAACCUUUCUCUGAACCACUAGUUUGUGAAUGUGAAAAGAGUAACCCACCAAUUCCUAAUUUCGUCUUCAUGUCCAGUCAAUCUACUGGGCAGGGACUUAAUGUGUGUUUUACACUUAAAUUUGAUGUCCCCACCUCAGGGAGUAACAAUAACUGAUGACUCAUGUUUGGGUUCUCCAUUUGUUAAAGAAACAGAGCUCUGUGUUUAUCAAUGGUCCAUGCAUAACAAGCCUAGAGCCUGUGCUCGUUUGUUGAUGUUGGCACAUGAUAAGAUGAAGGACAACUAUGUUGAUUUUAUGCUGUCCUCUGCCCUUCAUUGCACAGCGCAAGUGCAUGAAGGAAGAGACUUUAUUUUUGAGAAAGAAUGGUUUAUGGAUAUCCCAGAAAGUGAAGACUGUACUUAUAUUGCUGUGACAAAUUUUGUGCAUGUUCAGUCAAAUUGAGUGACACGCAGUUGCGUGCAUUUUUCGUCCCAGAAUCAGCGCCCCACGUCUCAUUAGCCAAAAUAAAGAACAAACAGUAGAAAGAUGUGGGAUUGUGGGUCAGAUUAUGUGAGAGUGGGAAAAUUACAGAUUGGGAACAGAAACCCACCUCCAACAUAUGAUACAGCCUGACACUGGGAGCUUAUAAAAAAUUCUUUCAGGAAAUGUGCAAGGUUAACCGGGAUGUCACUUGUCAUGACAAGGGAAUGUUUCUGAACCUUGGGACAAGCCCCACACCCCUAGAGAUACAAUCACAAAUUGAAGAAGGUGCCUCUCGGGCUGUGGGCCCAAGGAAAACAUGACGUAGGCCUGACUAGAAGUGCACCACCAGUUGUGAUCAUGCCCAAAUCUGACUUUAGGCCUAGACAAUCUAAAUACCCUCUUAAAUCAGAAGCUAUUGAGGGCACUGGACCAGAUUUCAAUUCAUUAUUGAAGGCAGGGGUCAUUGUUACCUGUCCUGAUUCGUCAGUGCGCACUCCAAUAUUUCCAGUGUGAGAAACAAAAAAAACAACAACAACCCUACAACCUGAUGAAUGGAGAUUUGUACAAGAUUGCAAGCGUUAAUGCAGCAGUCAAACAGAGCUCCAGACGUGACAAAUUCUUACACUAUAUUAAGCCAGGUUCCCACAAAUAGCGAAUGGUUUUCAGUCGUAGAUUUAGCUAACGCGUUUUUUCAGUAUAUCUCUUGAUAAAGACAAUCAGUUUCGGUUUGCAUUCAUAUUUGACGUACGUCCUUACACUUUCACUCGCUUGUGUUAAGGGUAUUGUGAGUCACUAACGAUAUACAACCAAAUGCUAAAGGACAGCUUAGCAUCUCUACCACUUUCUCCAGGGCACCACGUGAAACUGACACCAUUAAAUUGUUGCAGCAUCUUGCCCAAGAAGGCCACAAAGCCAGUCUCUCCAAAUUACAGUAUGUACAACAAGAAGUGAGAUUUCUUGGGUCAUGACAUUUAUGCAAAGGGAAAGAAACUCUCAGCUGAAAGAGUAUCUGCAAUACAGAGGAUUCCCGAGCCUCGGACGAAGAAACGGGUUCUAUCUAUUCUAGGUUGGACAGCUCAUUCUCAGAUACAUUGGAUCCAGUCGCUGCAGAGUUUCCCCUAUGUGUACAUGCAGUAGCAGCAGCUGAGAAAGCUGUGGUGGCAUCCAGAGACCUGGUAGGUUACUCAGAAUUGAACCUCUUGGUUCCACAUGAGGUGUUGUUACUCCUACUUGAACAGAAAACCUCACACCUUUCCACCCAACGGUGGCUGCACCAUAACACUAUACUAUUAGACAUGCCGAAUGUCACUAUAAAACGAUGUACUGUCCUUAACCCUGCUACUCUCCUUCCAACAGAGGGAGACGGGGAACCACAUGAUUGUGUUGUACUGACUAACGAACUCUGCUCUCCUAGAGUUGACCUGAAAGAUGUUCCGUUGGAAAACCCAGAUUUGAUCUUUUUUGUGGACGGGUCUGCGUCACAUGACCCAGAGACAGUUAAAAAUCGAGUGGGCUAUGCAGUAGUAACCGCACACAAGACGGUCUGUCAGGAAGUCUCCCCUCAAACCUUUCAGCACAAGCAGCUGAACUGUAUGCCCUCAUAGAGGCAUGAAGACAUGCUGAGGGACAGUCAGUAAAUAUCUACACAGACAGUAGAUAUGCCUUUGAGGUAGUACAUGAUUUUGGGACAAUUUGAAAACACAGGAACUUCCUGAUGAGUUCACAGCCCACCACAAACCAGUCUCUGAGCUACUGUAUGCAGUCCUACUCUGCAAAACUAUUGCAGCAUGCAAAUGUGAUGCACACACUAACAAAUUAGACCCUGUUUUCCUAGGAAACGCUCGAUCGGACAGUGCAGCAAAGCAAGCGGCUGCAUCUAUGGUCCCAAAAACUCAAAAAAAAUAAUCACUCCUUUACAGCUUUCAGACCUCCAACCACGAGCUACAGAUGAGGAAAAGGCUGUGUGGGGCAAAGCAGGCUGCACGGUUGUUGACGGAGUUUGGCGAUGCCCCCAGGGCUGUCCUUGUCUUCAAAGUUGACGCAUGGCAGGGACCAUGCGUCAAAAGGGGGAAUGAUAGCUGCGACAAAAUGAUAACGCCUAAGAAGGCCAUGCCAUGUCACAGAGAUCAGUACAGAAUGUUUAUUCGCUUACAGAGACACAAACAUAUUCUUCUGUUCAAGGGUCGCGGGGGAACCUGGAGCCUAUCCCGGGGAGCAUCGGGCACAAGGCGGGGUACACCCUGGACAGGGUGCCAGUCCAUCGCAGGGCACAAUCACACACACACUCACAGACCCACACACCCAUUCAUACACUACGGACACUUUAGACACGCCAAUCAGCUACCAUGCAUGUCUUUGGACUGGGGGAAGAAACCGGAGUACCCGGAGGAAACCACCGCAGCACAGGGAGAACAUGCAAACUCCGCACACACAGAGCCGCGGGAAUCGAACCCCGACCCUGGCGGUGUUAUUAUUAUUAGUAUUAUUAUUAUUAUUAUCUUAGAUAUUUGAGUUGCUAUAUACCUAUUUCUUUUAGGAAUCGGUUACUGACUGUUUUUUGCUGUUUAUUCCGACACUAAAAAAGACAACAGUUUCAUACGCUUUCCCAAAUUACUGCAGUGUAUUUAUUUAGUCUAGACCCCUGUAAAGUCGUUAUCAGUGGCGUUGUCUAUUCCAGCACGAGGACAGUGACAUUCACCAAUCAGAGCAUAGCGCGUGCAGAGAGGGGCGGGCCCAUCGCUAGAGAAGUGACGCGCACCUUUUCAGCACUAGAGGAGAGGACAGCGACACAAAACUGCAGCGCGAGACGGGAAGCCAGAUUGCCUCUGUACGUGCGAUCCUGUUAAUCAAGACACACGCAUGCACGCUGCCCUGACCUGCACUGUUUUAAUGUCGUGUUUAUGAGAGAGAGAGAGAGAGAGAGAGAGAAAGAGAAACACACACACACACGGAGAGAGAAGGCAUUGCACGCGCUCAGCAGACACUGUGUCAUCUAUGCGCCAUUUUUAAUCAUUAUAUCAAGUUCAUCAUUCUAUCCUGCUAUUCCUGCUUCCUCGCCUUUCCUUCCUCAGAGAGGGAGGAGCUAGGAAUCGAGGAAGGUACCCUGUUCUGUCGAUUUGUCCUACCUAGUCAGAUUUUCCUACCGUAGAGCACAAUUAUAGCUCUAUCUAUCGAUCCAUCGUCGUACCACAUCGAAAAAUCCUACUGCUGUUUUCUGCUUCUCGUCUGUGACUACGUAAAAUAAUUCAGUGUAACUUUGCCGAACAUUCUUAUUAGGCAAUGGUAGGAUGAUUGUACAGUGCAAAAUACCAUAUUAGAUUGUCAUACCAAUAUAAAAUAAACAGGUAGGAUGAUUUUCCAGUGCAAAAAAUCCCAAGUGCACGCGCUAGUAGUAAAAAAUUAUGGGCGUGUUGUUCAGCGGGACAAAAAUGACGCAAUAUUGAUGUGCGCAUGCGCAGUAAUCCCUGGUAACACAAUCUGACAGGUAGGCUGUAACGUCAGGACACCGGCAAGGCCAUGAAGCAUGAAUAGCAGAAAUAUAUACAUUCCCAGAAUACAAUAGCAACAGACCGAGUAAUGAGGCUGCGUCACCUCCAGCAGUACAUUAUUUUAUUUUAGCUUUAAUUGCAAUAAAGUAAAAAUAAAAUAAAAUGAUACAAACAUCUGGUUAAUAAGUAAAAGACAAAUAAAUAUAGAGAAAAAUAAAUGAAUAAAUAAAUUAAAAUAAAGAAGAACAACACACACACACAAAGAAUUGUUCUAUAAAUGAUAAAGUAUAGAUAAAGUAAAGUAAGAAAAGUCUCAUGGUGUAAGCCACAGAAAGUGCAACAGUCAUCAAUGUCCAAUCUAAAACGCGACACCAUUAAAGAUUUGCUCCGGCAGAUGAAGCCGACGGGUGCGUAAUGACGUAGCAAGAGCCCGGAAGUGAGAGUACAAACAUCCGACUCUGAAGCUGGACACGGGUGGACACGAAUAACACAGAACAACCUCCUAGGACACUGAGUAAACACUGAGUAACACAUUAAUGUGCAAGAGCGCUCUCAAAUGGCCAGAUACAUUAUAACAGACCAAUGUUGUUUGUCGUAUUAUUUAUUGUCGGAGUGUUUCUUUCGGUCUGUGGAGUAUCUAUAACGUACCCUUACGUCACACACUACAAUAAAAAAAAAUACUUAGAUGUGUGACAUACGGGUGUCUGGGUUAAUUUAAACAACUGAUACGACCUAUGUUCCGGGUCAAAUGCUGAAGACCUUAGGAACGAGGGAAACACCUCAUGAAAGAGUCCUCUGGAGAUAGCACGUGCACAGACAGCGUCAGAAUUACUGGAUUGGUCGGUAUGCACGCAGAAAACAAGUGCUGUGAAUCUACUACUUCAGCCUGUAAAACCCGGUUAUUGUCUGAUGUAAAUGAGUGAGUGCCGGAGGCCAGAAGAGGGCGCUCUCUCUCUCUCUCUCUCUCUCCCCAAUUCCAAAAAGCUCGGACGCUGUGUAAAAUGUAAAUAAAAACAGAAAACAAUUAUUUGCAAACCUCAUAAACCGAUAUGUUAUUCACAAUAGAACAUAGAAAACAUAUCAAAUGUUUAAACUGGGGAAAUGUAACAUUUUAUGGAAAAAAUAAGGUCAUUCUGAAUUCGAUGUUCGCAACACGUCUCAACACGCCCCACCGCACCUGCACGCACACUGAACAUAGCACUAAAUCUGUGCCUUCAUUCUCUUCGAUGGCCUGUAUAUUCAAUGUUAUUUUUUUAACAAGCUGAUAUGUCUGUAUGACGAUUUUGAUAUUGGCUGUAUAUACAUCACAGCUCAUUUAAAGCUAACACAGUGGAUGAGUUGUACAAUCUGAUAGCGGUGGGUAUGAAGGACUUCCUUUAGCAUUCUUUGCUGCACUGUUGCUGGAUCAGUCUGGAGCUGAAAGUGCUGUGCUGCAUGACUAGGUGUUCAUGGAUGAGCAGGCACAAGUUAACUCCCAGGAAUGAACAAACUUUGGUAUGAAAGGUUAAACUGAACCACAAGACAACGACAAAGGACCUGAAAGGAUAGCCUGAAAGGAAGAACCCCCUACUACAGACACAUGUUUGCAGUUUAUGACUAGGACAAAGACUUAGCCUUUUAGAGGGGUCUCUGGUUAGAUGAAACAAAAAUGUAUCUGUUUUGGCAUAAUGAUCAUCGUUAUGCAUGGAGGAAAAAGCGUGAGGCUUUUAAUCCCAAGUACACUACCUCAACAGUGAAGCAUGAGGGUGGAUGCAGGUUGUGAGUGUGUCUUGCUGGUAAGGGGACCGGUGCACUUCAGAAUGGCAUCAUAAAGAAGGAGGAUUAUCUAGAAAUACUGAAACAACACCUCAAUACAUCAGCUGGAAAGUUAAAACUUGAUGCAGUUGGGGCUGCAGAAAGACAGUGAGCCUAAGCAGAUGUCCAAAGUUGUAACAAAAUGGCUUAAAGACAACAAAGUGAAAGUGGCCAUCACAAAGCCCUGACCUGAAUCUCUUAGAAGAAUUAUGGACUGAACUGAAAAAGCUUGUCUGAGCAAGGAGGCCCACAAAUGUGUCUCUGACCAGUACUGUCAGAAUGAAUGGGGAAUACAACGGGUGGAAAAUGGGGAAAUCAAGUAUUGUGGAAAGCUACCCCAAGUGUUCUGAUUCAAGUUCAAGCAAUUAAAAGGCAAUUCCACCAAAUACUAGGAAAGUAAACUGCUGAUCUGGGAUUUUCACACACAACAGACUCUGGAUUUGACACAGAAUGGUUCAGAAAACAUCCUGUGAGUGGAGGAUCUGCAGCCUGAAACUGAACAGGAGAAUGACCAGACUGGUUUAAGCUGACAAUCGUUGAUUCGAGGCUGCAGUGAGAGGAGUCUUGAACACAACCGGGAACAUGCACGAGCAUUAAACUGAACAUUAUCGCGGAAAUCCCCCUGGAUGGUGCAGACUGAGUUCAGCAGUCACAUUGUGACUUGGCCUGAGGGACAAGAAUCAUCCCCUGCAUCACUGUAUGAGUGCUGAGUAUCAUGGGAACAACGCUGUCAGUGUCACCAGGCUACCGUAAGGCAGCGCUGUGUGACGAGGCGGCACAGAACAGCAGGAACACCAAACGCUCAUCAGUCAUUGGCGUGUUUCCAUGGAAACGAAUUGUAGCUGUUUCGGCAAGACGGAAAGGGUCAAAGAAGCUCGAUGCAGGAGGAGGGAGUCAGGAGGAGAGCGCCGUUAGGGUUAGUGUCAGCCUUGAUGGCAACCUAAAUCUGAAGAAGUCUCAGUCCUAUGCUAACCUGUCAGUGUUUGCGCAAGAGGGAGGGCUAAAUGUUCCAAAUUCAAAAACCACCAGUGAUAUUGCUGUGAGCACUGCCCUUGAGGAUCAGGAUCAGGAUGGCUCAGAAGGUUCCAGAUCAUCGAAGCGGAUCUUGGUACAGGCGUCAACAAGCGAGCUGCUGCGCAGUCUGGGUGAGUUUCUGUGCCGUCGGUGUUACCGACUCAAGCGUCUAUCACCAGGUGACCCUGCACUUUGGCUGCAUGCAGUGGACCGUGCCCUCUCGCUGCAGGGCUGGCAGGAACAGGCCUUUAUCUCGCCGCCAAGCAUGGUCUUUCUCUACAUGCUGUGCCGCGCAGUGGUUUCGGCGGAGGUGGGGAGUGAACGCGAGCUGCGCCUAGAACUGCUCACCUGCCUAUACUUGAGCUACUCUUACAUGGGCAGUGAGAUCUCGUACCCACUAAAGCCCUUUCUAUUGCAACAGGACAAAGAUGCGUUCUGGGAUAGGUGUCUGCAGAUCAUCCACUGCACCAGCGCUAACAUGCUAAAGCUAAAUGCUGAUCCACGCUACUUCACACAGGUCUUCGCUGACCUGAAGAGUGAGAGUCAGAGAGGGGAAGGUGAGAGAGUACUUCUUGAUCGAUAAACACCAUUCUCUGCGUGCCUCUGUGUGUGUUUGUGUAUGAGGCUGAAGACACUCAAACGUCUCUGAAGCUGCCAGUAUUAAUUAAUUCCAGAUGCAUUUAUAGAGUAGUUUCUCAAAACACCUUCUUUCCUCAAACAUCUCGACACACAGGCACCUUUACAAAAAUACUUAGUGAAGUAUUAUUAUGGUUAUAAUCACUGAAACUGUGUUUUAACUGUGUUUUAUUUAACAAAUGUCACAUUUAAAACACUUUUAAAGUCCUUUUGUUAAUAAUUUAUUUGUAGUAUUAAUUAUUAAAUGCUUACGGUCCUGAUCAGGCAAGUAUCAGUUUAUACUUAUCUGAUCAGAACCUUAACCAUUUACUGUAUUAACGUAUUUUACAGUAUUUUAUUGCAUAAAUGAUAGUUUUAUAUUUUUAUACCAUUCAGGUGAACAGUGUUUAGUUCAUUGGUUAUUUAAAUAAAGUGUCAUUAAACUGUCAUUAUUUUGCACAAGUGUGUGUAUGUGUGUGUGUAUGUGUGUGUGUGUGUGUGUGCAAAGCUGUCAAAAUGAAUUGUGUGAAUUACAAUAUGAAUCAUAAUCUAAAACAUCAGCCAACCCCAAACCUGAAUUUGUAUCCCAAACAAAAACAAAAUCACAAACUGAAUGGGAAUCUGUAUCACUAUCACAAACUGAAUCAGAAUAAUGUUAAUUCAUUUGUAUUAGCUCGUAGGGAGUCACAUGACGCAUCACAAUAUCUAACACACAUAU